UCGUAUAAACAAAUAACUUGUCAACCGUUUGAUUGCACUUCAUGUACCGAUUCAGGCGAUUUGAAAGAGAAGCUUCUCGUUUGUAGAGAUAAUGUGGCACUACUGGUGGGCUCACUUCACCUACCAUCUUGUAAGGUGGUUCCCACGAGACAACAGAAGAAAGAUAAAUGUUGUUCUAGCUGUUUUUUCACUUGGGUUGCUGGUACCACAGUUUAUUGUCCUGCAGCAUAAACACUCUACAAGAUGGUGUCCUGCACAUCUGUUUGAAUUACUUAUUGUAUCCAUAAUUUUCACAUUCAUCUGUCAAGGAUUUUGUCUUUUAUUUAUGAUUAUGAACCCUGUACCAAGAGCUGUCAAGGUUGCAUUUCAUGUGUUUGGUAUCAUCUGUUUUGUGGAAACUCUAGUCCACAUUGCCUAUGCAACUAGCCGGUCAGCAACAGAAGAUUGUAAAUCCUCUGCAGCUCCACUCUAUUACCUCUCCUACGCAUUCGCCUGGGUUGGUGCUGCAAGUCUCAUUUUCUUCUGCCUGAUGAUACCUUUCUGGGUGAUCAAUUCAGUAAAACGUGGUUGUGUGCUGGACAUGAGGACCAGAGAGGGAUUGUGUUAUGAACCAGUAAAAUGCUGCUCCUGCAUGUGGCACAUCUAAGAAACUGUCCUGUAUUUCCCUUUGAUAAUAUUUAAGAUUUUGUAUGACUUAUUCCUGAUUGUAUAUAUAUUAUAAAACUGUACAGUAUACAUGUAUAUUUUGGAGAUUUAUGACUGUCAGGACCAAAUACAAAAAAAAUAUUGUAGCUCAUUUUGCAGAGUACUAGCAAGUUUCAAAGAAUAUUGAAGGACAAAUGUUUAUAUCUUGGUCUGUGAACCUCUAAACUUGGUCUUCAGGGAAAAAAAACAGCAACAAGAAAACAAACAAACGAUUUUUUGCAAGCAGAAGAGGUUACAUGAAAACAUUAUAGACAUUAAUGUGGACUUUCAAUGAUUUUGAAUUUUACCACAUACAAUGAGCAUAAAGUAAUUGUGAAAGAUAAUCUAUACCAUUUUGAUCUUUUUUUUUUCGUAUGUCAUGGCUUUUUACACUUUUACAUAUAUACAUUUGUACAUAUAUUUAACUUGAUUAAUUGACAUGAGUUUUACAUGAAUUUGUAUCAUCUAUCACUGUAUGUCAGCUGGUCUGGCACACACAAAUAAAGUCCAAUAUAUUGACAUUUACUUUUCAAAUGAUAUAUUAUCAC